ACCAAGCACAACAUGGAAACGUUCCAGCCACUGUUCCGCACUUGCCGAUGUAGAAACCAGGCUCAGUUUCCAGCCCGGUACUCUGCCAAGGAGUCAGGUGAGUCACGGACAAAGUGCUUCCCGACAGCCUUGCAGCUGACACCUCCCCAGCAUGGCUGUGACAGUAACGCAGCUUCCAUAGGGCUGGUCGCGGUCCCCAAAGGACUCAGCGGCCUGGAAGGUCUUAGACCAUGUCUCCUUCAGGUAGACCGCAGCCCCUGAGCCUCAUGUUUCUUUUGGGGAUGGGGAUGGCAUCGGAGAGGAUCAACUGCCCAAGCAGGUGUAGCUGUCAGUACCUGGAAGUGAACUGCACAGGGCAGCAGUUGCAGGAGUUCCCCAUGGCCAUCCCGCUGGACACCAGGCAGCUGAUUCUGGCGGCAAACAAUGUCUCAUACCUGCCAGCAGUGGAAUUGAGUUUCUUGGCUGAUUUGGUCUAUCUGGACUGCAGGAAGAACCUCUUGGGGGAUGACCUGGAUUUCACUUUCAUUGGUGUGGCCAAGCUUGUCUAUCUGGACCUCAGCUUCAACAACCUCACACAGGUCACCUUCAGCACCUUCUCACACCUCCUCAGCCUGGUGGUGCUAAAGAUCUCAGACAAUCCCAAACUUGUGGCCAUCGAGAAGGAUGCUUUCGCCAACAACACCUGGCUGAGGCACCUGGAUGUGAGCCGGACGGGCUUAACGUUCCUUGACACCAGCACCGUCCGGGACCUGCCCAACCUGAGGUUUCUGGGGCUCAGUGACAACCUGUGGCACUGCAACUGUUCCUUUUUGGACUUCAUCACCUGGAUGAUAGAGAGCAACGUUCAUUUUCCAGAUGCUGACAACAUCACCUGCUACACCCCAGAAGGCCUGCGUGCCCUGAAAAUGCCUGCAGUGGAGGCACAGCUCCACUUCAACUGCCUGACCCAGCUAUACAAGCAAGACUACAUCUUUCUGUGUCUCAUUGGCUUCUGCAUAUUCUUUGCUGGCACAGUGGCAGCCUGGCUGGCUGGCAUCUAUGCUGUCAUCUACAAAGUCCACACUUCAAAGGGAGAGGAGGGGGAGGAGGAGGAAGACACAGUCACUUAGGAUCAGCCCUACAAAUCCUUCUGAAUUCCUGUCGUGGGAACUGAAGGCAGGCCCUUCCUGCCUGAUUUCCCACAUGACGUCCCACUCUAUAUGCUAUUUUUUUUUUGAAGUGAAAUAAAACUGCAAGAG